UGAAAGCUCAGUUGACACAUGAUAGAGUGAAAAAACUUCAUUAAACUAGUGCUUCCUUUUUCUUCUCUUUUGAUUUUAUAUCUAAACAAAUAUGAUUCACGUGUUUAUUUUGAUGUGUUUUUAUCUUCUGAUGGGUGUGUUUGGUGCUGAAGUGAAGUCAGUGAUGGAGGGAGAUUCUGUUAUUCUGCACACUGAUAUUACGGAACUACAGACUAAAGAUGAGAUCGAGUGGAGAUUUAAAGAAAUCCGCAUCGCCAGAAUCAAGAGAUCAGUUGACAUCAAUCCUAUAUAUGAAUAUGAAAAUAAUGAGAGAUUCAGAGAUAGACUGGAGAUGAACAAUCAGACUGGAGAUCUCACCAUCACAAACAUCAGAUCUGAACACAGCGGGGAUUAUAAACUUUUUAAUGCAGAUAAAGCAGUCAAGAGUUUCAGUCUCACAGCGUAUGCUUCAUUGCCAAUUCCUGUCAUUACCAGUGUCAAAUCACAUUCUUCAAGUUCAAAAUGUGUAUUGUUGUGUUCAGUGUUGAAUGUGAGAGAUGUGAGUCUGUCCUGGUACAAAGGAAACAGUUUAUUGUCCAGCAUCAGUGUGUCUGAUCUCAACAUCAGACUCUCUCUACCUCUGGAGGUUGAAUAUCAGGAUACAAACACAUACAGCGGUGUGGUGUCCAAUCCAAUAAGCAACAGGACUCAACAUUUCUGUGCUGCUGAUUACUGUCAGCUGUGUUCACAUCAUCUGUACCCUGAUUGGCUAAGAUGGGCUUUCACUGUUCUGCUACGUGUUGUUUUUAUUGUGCUUUCUUUGAUUGUUUGUUAUGAAAUCAAAUCAAGAGAUGAACAGAGGAGAAAAUCAGCAACAUCUGAUGAAUGAGCUUCUAAAACAACAAUCAAGUCCUCAUCAUCACCAUUGUCAAAUUCACCUUUGAUGGAUCCUACCUUAGAUCCUCACAUGCAGAAUGUUUUGAUUAUUGUGUUUUUAUCUUUAAUCAUUUAUUUACAUAAUCAUCAUAAUCAUUUUAUAAUCAUUAGUUAUCCAUAUUAUUGUUUAUUUGAUUAUUUAAUAUUAUUUUAUCAUUAUCAAUUUCAUUCUCAAGACUCAAGAGUCCAACUAAAACAACCACUGAUCACAAUAAUGGUGACUUUAAAUGAAACAGCCAACAUCUAAACCUAAGUUAAGAAAAUAACUCUACAAGUAAGAUGUAAAAUGCAAUUUUAGGUUUCAAACAGAGAUGGUGAUAGAGAGGAGAAAGUCACAGAUUGCAGAUUUUAACUCUCUCCGGUGUUAGUUUUUUAACACUCUGGGGAGUGGACCUAUAUAAACACUGAGCAGUGUUCAUUUAACUCCCGGGAUUUUGCAGUGUGGUGGUUCAGUCUGACAUUUGUGAAGUUUCAAGAGCUGUUCUGUCUGUGUGUAAACAGAGAUAGAUAAAGAGAAUAUUUAUGGAAGCCCAAGGUCUAAAGGAUGUUGCAGCUGAGCAAUUUUGAUAUAACAGUGCAUGCUGUCUUUCCUGGGGUAGACGAGGUUUGAACAUUGAGACAUAUGCAACUGAAACUAACUGUCCAUCAAUAAAACUCUGUUCUAUUUUAUCAUCUAAAACCUCAGUCUCACGACUCUGUUUAUGCGCUCCUAGAGUUCUCAACGGGCCUGAAAAUUACAACCCGACUCGACCCGGCCCGUGGCUUUUAAAGCCCGGACCCGAUGUAACCUGACACAUCAACGUGAAUUAUCUGUCCGAACUCGACCCGCGGCCCAACCCCGAAUAUUGAUGGUUGACACAUAAACAACAUCAAACAUAAUCAUUUAAUGAUCAGAUUUAUUAAUAUAGUUUUCCCCCUUAUCAGAAGCAUCAUUUUCUGUUAAUAAUGAAAUACUACAGUGUAAGGUCCGGCACUCUCAUAGCAGUUUAUUAUUCUGAAGGAUUUUGAUAG